AUGGCUCAGACGCACCCCAGAGAUAGCCAGGAGCACUGCCCCUUCAGCCCCAGGGCUCCAGGGAGACCAGCUGCCCGGAAGGCCCGCGCCAGGCCCAGGGCAGGUAGGCGGCGUCCAGCCACGGCCGAGGAGGACCUCCUGGCUGCCCUGAGGUGGCCCAAGCCCUCUCCACGGCCAGGAGCCCCUUGGGAGGUGCCCUACGUGGCCUGGACUGACCACAUGGAGAGGCCGGGCCCCCUGGGGCAGGCCUUCAGCUGCCCUGCUUGGACAGCCGGCGAGGAGGCCCAGGAUGGGGACAGCUCGGUGUCAUCAGGCCGCCUGUCCGGCUCUUCGGGGGGCCACAAGUCGUGCGCACCUGCCCACAGGCCCUGGAAGGAGAGGCCUCCCCUGGUGCUGGGGUCCCCACAGCAGGACGGAGAAAGCAACCCCCGGCUGGAGCAGCUGAGGGAGAAGAUCCGGGCCCAGGCGUGCUGGCAGGCCAGCUGCGCUUCCCUGGGCACCUCGAUGCCCUCCAGCACCUCGCACCUCCUCAGAGCCUCCCCGCCAGCCCCCCGGAGGAAGGUCAGAAAGCUGAAGAAGGCCCCUCCAGCCCCGGCCUCCCCAGGUCAGGAGCAGCUUCCUGGCUUUGGCAGCCCGAGUGCAGCUGGGCGUGCCGCUCAGGACAAGCCCGUCCCCGGCCAGGAGCAUGCGCCCUCCAGGGUCUCCCAGCGCCAGGCCUCCGUUCUACGGGAGAAACACAAAAGCAUGAAGAGUAGUUCUUGCAAAAGAGAGAAGGCCCCCAGGUCAUCCACCAGAAGAGCUGCCAAAGACCAGGGUAAGGCUGGAGGGGGCGUGAGGGAUUCUGAGUUGGUUGGUGUUUACGCCUGGAGGAAAGGACAAGCCCUGGUGAGAGGGCUGCUCGGGCCCCCUCCCGCCCUCCCCAGGCUCCAGAGCAAGGCCCCCUCGGGAGCGCCGGCCCCCACCGCCGAAUUAGGAGACAUGGAGGACAGAGCUGCUGAGAGCUCCCCUGUUGGCCCCCGGACACCCCGCCCAGGCACCAUCCGCAGUGACCCAUGGGUGCCUACCCACAUGCCCAACCUGGCGUCCUGUGACGAGGCCGGGAGCAUCCACUCUGCCAUGGCCAUCCUGCAGGACCUCCGCCAACAAAUUCAGGCGGGGCUGGAUCUGGCCCAGGACCAUCACCACAGGGGAGGGCAGGAGCGCCAGCAGCUGGCAGGGAGGAGACCCAAGGGCCACUGGAGUGCCCCGGAUGUGCGGGUCUCCCUCGGCAAGAGUUCUCAGAGCCCGGCCAAGGGGGUGCACCACUCCUCCUCAGAGUGGGCCGGGAGCCUCUCCGCUGGGCAGCGCUGGGGUGCCUCGGCCAGGUGGGAGUCCUGUCCACAGAGGACCUGGUCCCCCCAAGGACGGAACCCCACCUUCCAGAGGCCUGGGAGCCCCCCUGAGAGGCCCUGGAGUGCCUCAGCCGGGCAGAGGGCUGGAGCCCCCUGCAAAGACUGGGAGGCCUCCCCCCGAGGACGCUGGAGCCUUCUGGAAAGGCCAAGCCCUACCACCCAGCGGCCCUGGAGCGCCUCCUUCGUGAAAAAGGCUGGCGCCCCAGUCCAGUGCAGAGCCCACCCCUGGCCCAGGCCCACCCAGAGCAUCUCUCAGCUGGCACCUGGGCAGGAGAAUGAGGCUCGGCUGCCGCCACCCUGCCCAAAGCCCCGGGGGUUCCUGGGCCACCCAUACAGCCCCGCGUCCUUGCGGGAGUUCAUGCGCCAAAAGGCCCUAGCGCGCCAGCAGCAGGUCCUGGAGGAGAAGGCCUCGGCCGUGCAGGCACGGGAGCUGCAGAGCCAGCGGCUGCAGGGUGUGUACAGGCAGCAGAGAGAGGCCGUGCGCGGCAGGGCCGGCCCCACCAAGGCCUUCCCCCUGGUCUCCCAGACGACCCCCAGCAUCGUGACCUUCGUCCCACACUCAGCACCGUCCAGGGGCCAGGACGAGCCUGGGAGCGUGGGGUCGCCCGCACUGCGGUGGAGCAAGGUGACCUCUGGCAUGGUGCUGGGGGACCAGGAGGCCCCGGGCAGCUUCUGCCUGUGUCUGGACAGAGCCUUGAACCAUGAGCUUCUGGAGACAGGAGGCCCCCAGGAAGGCUGGGCGGGUGCUCCCCUGCCGACAUCCGCUGGCUCCCCCGCAGGUCCCCGAAAACUCCAGGACCUAACUGCCCACCCCCCACACCCGGGGCUGUGCAUCUACCUGGGCCCUGAGGAGGCCGAGCGCCUGGGCACGCGGGGCCCCCUGCACUUCCGGUACAAGCAUGCCCGGUUGCAGGCCCUGGAGACCAUGGCCAACGUCCUGAAGCAGCGCAUCGACCUCCUGACUGCCAAUCUGCUUGGGGCCGAUGCAGCGGACACUCUGGAGGACCUGCCCUUGAACCCGCCAUCCUCACGCCCCAGCACCCACAGUGCCAGCCUGGCCCCGAGCCUUGGCACCCCCAAGCCCAUGGUGCCAGCCUGUCCCCAAGCCAUGGUGCCCGAUGCAGGCAGAGGGUCUCCCUGGGGCUGGGCAGACAUGCGGGCCAGGCUGCUUCUCCCUCCUUCCUGCUUGCCUGACGGAGAGACGCUGCUGUGGAGUCCUGGCUGGGAGCAGCGGAGGAGCGUGAGCCCCGGGGGCCACCUGGCCUACUCGCCGCCAGGAUCCAUGGAGGAUGGACGUUUGAAGCUGGACCGGAGGCUGGCGAGAGACACAGCUUCCGCCCAGGCCCUCGGCCCCUUGGCAGGGAGCUCACUCGAGGUGCCAGCCCCGCCAGACCCCACCUGUGGCUCCCUGUGGCUGGAGGAGAUGCCGUCGGCCAGAGGGGCAGGCUUGGUCACUCCCUGGGCCCUGCAGAGCUGCGGGCCAGGGCCUGAGGAGCCCGCGGAGCCUGGGCAGCAGCCAGGAUCGGAGCGAGAGGCUGAGCCGGAUGCUGAGCUGGACGAGGAGGCCCAGGCGCUCAGCUGUGCCCCCUGUGCUUGCAGGCCUUUUCUGUUUGAAGUGAGCGGGGUGCAGCCUUUGCCCCCAAAAGCUGAGCAGAAGAGGCCCUGGAGCGGGAACUGCAGGACUCAGAGCAGCAGCCUUCGGGGCGAGGCUGGGAGGGAGGAAGGAGAGGCCGACAGACUGGCCCAGGACAUCCAGGGCACGGGGACCUGGGGAAGGAUCCCUGCCAAGACUGGGGUCCUUUGGGGGCCCCUCCUGUUCUCAGAGGUGGCACCCCCUGUCCUCUCGCCAAAGAGCAGGGGCCGGGGGAGGGGGGCCGCAGGCUGGGGCCAGCGACCUGAGGCUGGGCCCUCCCUGCAGCUGGACCAGCAGAAGCAGGAGCAGGCCCUGGCCCUUCUGCGGCAGCGGGCGGAACUGGAGGUCUGGGAGACCCAGAAGGCCCUGGACGAGCUGCUCUCCAAACACCGGCUGGCGAGGCGGAUGGAGAAGCGCAAGACCCAGACCAGGCCAGGAGCAGCACCAGAGCUGGAGGGGCUGCGGCUGUGGGCGGGCUCGGAUCCGAAGACCUCCUGGAGCGCUGUGACGGCCAGAUCCAGGUGCGUCCAAGGCCGGGAUGGUGGCGCCCGCCCAAUGUGGAAGGUGCCGGGGCAGAGCCCGCGGGAGGAAGAGCUGCUGCGCCUGCCUGAGGAGGCCGUGCAGGGGAAGCUGCGCUGGGAGCCAGCCUGGCUAGAGUGUCAGAGGUGUCCAGGCAGCCAGGGCAGUGAGGCCGCGCUGGUCUUGGCCGAGAAGCAGCCGCAGGGCCUUAGCAGCCUUGAGCAGGGGCAGGUAAGGCCGCCUGACCUGGGCGUGGGCAGGUGGUGA